AUGACCUUGGUUCUGGGUCUAGUCAUGACGGUGCUCAAGAACCUGGAUACGGCCAUCAACAACAUCGACCCCAAGGAUCUCACCACGGCACAGCCGCUCCUCACGGUGGCGCAGACGUCGAUGGGGACGUUCCAGGAGGCCAACGCCAAGAUCCAGGCGGCUCCGAAGCUGGGGCUGAUCGACUCGCUGUCCAUUGCGCAGUCCGCCUCGGGGCUGGGCGACCAGGUCAAGCAGACGCUCGGCGACAUCGUCAAGAAGAAGCCCGUGUUCGACAUGCUCGGCGUCAGCCCCCUGAUCAGGGACCAGCUGGUCACGCAAAAGGCCCAGACCGGCGGCCUGCAGGAGGCCGUCGUGUCCAAGCUGCCCGCCAUCGCCAGGCCCAUCGCCGAGAUGCAGACCAAGGACAUCACCAAGGUCGUCGACGACGCCAUCGAGACCUACAGCCAGCCGCCCGCCAACCCACCUCCAAAGGCCGCGCCGCCACCGCCCAAGACUUCGCCUCCUCCUGCUCCUGCACCGGCUCCGGCUCCGGCUCCUCCGGCUAGUCCACCCAAGCCGCCGAGCCCUGCUCCAGCUCCGGCUCCUCCGGCUAAUCCACCCAAGCCGCCGAGUCCCGCCCCCGCACCUGCUCCUCCGGCGAGUCCUCCGGCUACUCCUCCCAAGUCGCCGAGUCCCGCUCCUCCUGCUAAUCCUCCGGCCAAUCCUCCGGCCAAUCCUCCCAAGCCACCGAGUCCCGCCCCCGCACCUGCACCUGCACCUGCACCUGCACCGGCUCCCGUGCCUGCUCCCGCGCCUGCACCCAAGCCUGAGCCACCCAAGCAACCUGGAACCCCCGGCACCCCUGGAACACCCGGCACACCCGGCACACCCGGCACCCCUGGAACCCCCGGCACCCCCGGGACCCCUGGGCAACCUGCGCCCGCUCCGGCCCCCAAGCCGCCGAGUCCAGCUCCACCUCCAGGCACGCCUGCUCCGGCACCUGUUCCGGCUCCAGCGACUCCUCCUCAGCCCCCCAGUGUGCCCAAGCCUCCCAACAAUGUCAACUAA